GGUGAAUAGUGGUGAAUGAAGGGCAGAUUGGGAGUGAAUGGUGGCAAGGAGAGUCAGAGGGGGAUGGGAGGGAGGUGCAAGAGUAGAGCGGAAUGAAAGUGGGUAGUGUGGAGCCACCUGAGGGAAUGCCUGUGCAUUCGAUUUUGAAUGAAUCGAGAUUAUGGGUGAGACUGAGUAAGUGAUAGGAAAUUGAGGCAUGGGCUAAAGUGACCAAAAGUGAAAGUAGGAGCAGACUGAGUAAAUGGAGCAAUUCACACGGUGAAUGUGUAUGGAGUUGAUAACGCAGGAGAGUGCAAAUUGUUUUGAGCACAGAGUGUGAAUAAAUGAUGGUUUAUGGGGCAUGUUAAGGGUGAGAGAGGUGAAUUUAGGUGGAACGUGGGAGGGAAUGGAGGUAAUAUGGGGCACAGAGGGAAGAAUGGGGAGCACAAGGGACAGAGGAAGAGGGACUGAAGCCGUAUACAUGGUAGAACAUGAAUGUGUGCAUCAGGCUGAGUUCGAGUGGUGACACUCUGAGGGAGAAGGGGAGUGGCUAGAGUGAAUGGGGGGCAGACUGGGACCCGACAGGGGUGAUGCGGGGCUCCAGGAAUGUCCAGAGAUCCCAGCAUCCAUCAGCCAGGUGAAGGAGAUGCCGCAUGUGCAUGAAUGGAGCUAAUGCUGGGCAGAGUGAGAGGGAAUAGAAGCAAAAAGAAGAAGGCAAGUGACUGUGGGGACUGUGAGCCAAAGGGAAAGACAAAGGUCACAGGUCACAUGGCCCCAAGUCAAUAAACUGGGGAAACAUGGGGACCAGUGUUAGCAAAAAGUGGUGAAUUCAGGGCAGAAUGUGAUUGGAUGAAGGUACUAUGGGGCAGAAUGAAAACAACUAGACAUGAGAUCAGGUGCAGAAUGGGAGUUGUUCCAGGAGGAACAGGGGUUACACUGGAAAUUUCUAUGAGUGAGAUCAUUUCGAAGAACAAGAGGCAGACUUAAUGGAGUCAACGAAGAGAAAGUGAGGAAUGGGGCUGAGCAAGCGUAGAAGGAGAAUCUGCAGGUAACCUGAGCUAGUGUCAGGGAAUGGGAGUAAAUGUGGGAGUGGUGUUGGAGAGAACAAUGGUGAAGAAGGGGCAGCAAGAGAGUGAAUGAGGGAGAGAAUGAGGCCCAGAGUCCGGGAACCAAGCCGAAGGCUGGGCUACAUGAGCGUGAAUGGGAGUCGCUUCGUGCGGUGUCAAGGAGCAGAGGGGAACCUGGAAAAUGAGAGUCUGAGAGUGAGCAGAGGUGAAGGAAUACGACGUGAGAGAACUGGGGCCAUGAGAGGAGAGGGUUAAGGAACCGUGGCCAUAGGAGGCCCAGCAUGCAGGAAGGGUAGUGUACAAGAGGCAGUGUAAGUGAACGGUGCAGGGUGGAGGGGGCUGGAAUAAAAGCUGGAACAAGAAUGGAGGCAGAACAGCAGUAGAGGGCACAUCUCCAUCAUGUGUCGUGAUCAUACACGUGACUAUACACGUGUCGUGUAUAAUAUGUAGUGGAGGGCAUAGUGUGAUCGAAUGGGGCAAACGUGGCCAGAUCCCAGGAAAUUAGGGUGUAGUAAGUGAAGUGAACGAGGUGCCAAGAAUGGGUAAAUGGAGGUAACAAGGGGCGGAAGGCGAGGGUAUGAUGGCCAUAUUGUGCAGCGCAUGAGAAAUCGAGGUGUUAGGAGGCAGUGUGGUGAACCAAGCUGACUGCUGAGCAGAGUGAGGGGAACGGAGGCGAUGAGGGGCAGAGUGAGUGGAAAUGGAGGGAACCAAGUGGUAGAGCAAGAUUCAAAACAGUGGAGUGGCACCAUGUUAAGGAAAGUGCAGGAAUGUGGGCUGAGUGUGAGGCCCAGGACCUGAGUCCUAUCUGUGUCUCCAGCUCCUUUCUUCCUGCAUUUCUUUCUGACAUCUCAGGGUUUCUCCCUGGUUUUGCCCCCUCCCAUCUUUAUGUACAGGUCAGUAUCAUUUUUUCCCUUGUGUGUCCGUCUCUAACAGAGAUGGCACUGGGAAAGACAGUGAGGGUGUCCAGCCCUCUGGCUUCUGUGUUCCAGAAUCUACUACAUGGUGUUUGCUCACAGGGCCCAGAGUUCCAGAAUGCUCCUAGUUCUGAACAGGGCAGCGUCUGAGUCUGGAGCAAAGAGUUGGAUAGGAGGGCCUACAGGCGUUAUCAUGCAGACCUUGGUCACUGUGGUGGUGACUCUGGCCACACUGAUGGUUGCCACCGUGGAUGCGAAGAUCUAUGAACGCUGUGAACUGGCAGUGAAGCUGGAGAAGGCAGGCCUCAAUGGCUUCAGGGGCUACAGCGUUGGAGACUGGCUGUGCAUGGCACACUAUGAGAGUGGCUUUGACACCUCCUUCGUGGACCACAAUCCUGACGGCAGCAGCGAGUAUGGCAUUUUCCAGCUGAAUUCUGCCUGGUGGUGCAACAACGGCCUUACACGCACCCAGAACCUCUGUCACAUAGAGUGUCGAGACCUGCUCAACCGCCAUAUUCUAGAUGAUAUCUUGUGUGCCAGGCAGGUGGUGUCCUCACAGAAUGGUAUGGCUGCUUGGGAUUCAUGGACCCGGCACUGUUCUGGCCAUGAUUUAUCUGAAUGGCUCAAGGGAUGCAAUAUGCAUGUGAAACCUGACGCAAAGAAGAUUAAUAAUUUGUGA